AUGGGCAAUCGCCAUAGCCAGUCUUACUCCCUCUCAGAAGGCAGUCAACAGCUGCCCAAGGGGAACACCCAACCCUCAGCAGCCGUGCAGCCUCUUGGCCACCUGGCAGGGAGUGGACAGCCAGAGACCCAACCGCCUGCCAAAGAGAAAAGUCAUCAGCAAGGUUCUAAUGUGGAUCCAGAUGUGAAGAAACUGCACAAAGCCUGCAAAGGAAUGGGAACAGAUGAAGCAGCCAUCAUUGAUAUUCUAUCAAGCAGGACAUCAGAAGAGAGGCAAAAAAUAAAGCAGAACUACAAAGCAGCUUAUGGCAAGGACCUAGAGGAGGUGCUCAAGAGUGAGCUGCGUGGAAACUUCGAGAAGACAGCCUUGGCCCUUCUGGACCGGCCCAGCGAGUAUGAUGCCAGGCAGCUGCGGAAGGCGGUGAAGGGUCUCGGCACGGAUGAGGAGAUACUCAUCGAGAUCCUGUGCACGAGAACCAAUAAGGAAAUCAUCGCCAUUAGAGAUGCCUACCAGAGGUUAUUUGACAGGAGCCUUGAAUCAGAUGUCAAAGAUGAUACUAGUGGGACCCUGCAAAAAAUUCUGGUGUUCAUGCUACAGGCUAAUCGUGAUGAAGGAGAUGACGUGGACAAAGAUCUAGCUGGUCAGGAUGCCAAAGAUCUGUAUGAGGCAGGAGAAGGUCGCUGGGGCACUGACGAGCUUGCCUUCAACGAAGUCCUGGCCAAGAGGAGCCACCAGCAGUUACGAGCCACCUUCCAAGCCUAUAAGAUCCUGGUGGGUAAAGACAUUGAAGAGGCCAUUGAAGAAGAAACCUCCGGAGACUUGCAGAAGGCCUAUUUAACUCUGGUGAGGUGUGCCCAGGACCGCGAGGGCUAUUUUGCUGACCGUCUCUACAAGUCCAUGAAGGGUGCGGGGACCGAUGAGGAGACAUUAAUCCACAUCAUUGUGACCCGCAAGGAGGUGGAUCUUCAGAGGAUAAAAGCAAAGUUCCAAGAGAAGUAUCAGAAGUCUCUCAAUGACAUGGUUCGCUCGGACACGUCUGGGGACUUCCAGAAACUGCUGGUGGCCCUCUUGCGCUGAGUGAGGCCAGAGCAGUGGGAACAUCGAGUGCCUUCUAAGCCAGAUUUUCAAAGGCAACUCCCACACAGAAACCCUCAAGAGUCCUAGUUCAUUUUCUUGGCAACCUGAAUAAUGCAGCAAGGCUGAGCUGUUUAAGAGCAUCAGCCUCUAGGGUUGGACAGACCCCCCACCCCCGGGCACCAGCUUAGCAAGUACCUGAGCAGCUUAAACUUUCCUCAGUGUGGUAACUGGAUGCUUUCUUAGCACACAUGAAAUCAGCAGCUGAUGAAGAAACUAUGCAUGUAUGAGACAUGUAGAAGAACAUGUUUUGCCCACAAUUGUAUAUGCUUGGGGAAAGAGUGAAUGGUUAAGGUACAGGCAAGACAAAAUUAACCAAUUAAUGAACUUCUCUUCUGUGUGUUCAAUUUCAAAGCCUCAUUAAUUAAAGUUGUGGA